AUAACUGAUGUUUUACAUGAGUGUGUAUUUUGUUUUCGCUCAGUUGAAGGUGUUUAGAGUGCGUGUUGUGAGUGUUUUGUGCUGAAUGUGGGUUCCGUGUCCCCCCGCGGCUGCCGCUGUGUGUGACCGGGCCCGCGCUGGAGGAGCAACCGCGAGAUGAGCAGCCGACGCGCGCGGGGAUGAAGAUGAUCUGAACGGCUGUGUUUACCGAUCCGUCCCGCCGCUCGCUGGCCCGCUGAAGAGCGUUUGGUACUGAUGUGGGAGUGAUCGGAUCGGAUCAGCGCGGCACUCCAAUGAUGAGCUUCACUAGAACUGUCCUGCACUGGAAUGGACUGUGGCAAACAUGUGUGUUGCCAUGGUGAUUAUUCACACUAAAACACUGGAAAAGAAGGCCGUCGAUGAUGUAGCAUCCACAGAGUCUCUGCAGCUGCAUGAGCCGCCGACCAUGAGCCAGGGGACGGCCCUCUUCUCCUUUGGAAUCAUGGAGUCUGGACACUGGCCGGAGGUUGGCGGGGUGUGUGGCGUCCAGCAGCGGCCCGUGGGCUCCAGUCUGGAGAGUCUGUGGGACAGCGUGCGAGAGACGUGCUCGGCUCGUGAGGCGGGCGCCGCCGGUGGCAUCAGCGGUCUGCUGCGUGACCUCAGUCUGAGCGAAGCGCCCUCUCCUGGCAGCGCCGCGCCACCCAGCAAACGCCAGUGCCGCUCGCUGUCCUGCUCCGGCGAGCUCGGCUGUCGCUCCUCGUGGCGGCCGCAGGGGUCGCGCGUGUGGACGGCCGUGGAGAAGCGCCGCUGCCACAGUGGGGGAAGCGUUCAGCGCGGCGCCUUUGCUCCAUCCGGGUUUCCCGCCAUGCAGCGCAGUUUCAGCUUCAGCCUGCCGACACGCAUCAAUCCGCCGGAGACCUUCAGCCACGGCUUCCCUUUCUCCGCGUCCCCGCAGACGCCACAGGCUCUCUACCUCUCGCACGAGCAGAUCUGCCCCAACGAGUCCAGCUCGCCCGACUCCACGCCGGAGCUGGAGCGCCGCAGACAGGGACUCGCCCGCAGCCGGUCACAGCCCUGCGUCCACAACGACAAGAAGACCGGCGUGAAGCGGAGGAGACCGGCGGACUCUCACAAACACAGGCCUUCACUGGACCUGCUCAAGAUGACACAGAAGCUGCAGGACUUUCACAGUCUCAGCUGUCCAGGAUUCACUGGAGACGAGCAGACGCUCCACGUAGAGGGUGACGUCACGCUUGACCAGCACCAGACCAAAGAGGACACCGUCAUCCACCAAUCAGAGGCCAGCUGGAGCGGCGGGAAGGAGCGUGAGUGUCUGUGGGCGGGGCUUUGCAGCCGGAGGGGGCGGGACUCAUUCCAGCUGGGCGGAGAACUGGACAUCGAGCAAAUCGAGAGGAACUGAGAUGAUUCCCAGUAUUCCCGUUGGAUUAUUAUGGACGAGCGCUUCAGCGAGUGGACGCGGGACACAUGUAAUCGACUCAGGGUGAAGCACACGGAGAACGUCACGUCAUCAGAACGUGAGCCGUGCCGCGUGUAAACACGCAUGCAUUUAGAUUAGCAGGAGCCGACUUGAGAAACACUCGUGCUCUGACGUUCACACAGACACACUCUCUCUCACACACACACAGACACACUCACUCUCACACACACUCUCUCACACAGACAC